UUGGGAGGGGUUUUAGGAACCUGGCGAAUCCUAGCAGAAACCAUGGGAGGGUUUCUACUAUGCCAUUUCAUUUUUAUUACCUAAGUUUUAUGAUUGAGAGUCUAGAGAUGAGCAGUAUUAUGCACACCUUAAACAUGGAUUCUGAUGUAUCAGUGGGGGUAAGGAAUUGGGGGUGCAAGAUUCUGCAUGUGGCAGCUGUUCUGUCAGGAUCCCUGUCAUGGCCAUGGACUGAAAAAUAGUGUGGCUGUGGGUCCUGUCCUGAGUUCUUUUACCCCACUGUGAGGGCCAGUGGCUGUGGUGGUGUCUGCUUCCAUGUUUCAGGCUCUGCACACAUCCCAACUGCUGUGAAUAGUCUCUCUGGGGUACUUCCAGUUAGGGAACAGUGCAUGGGUACCUAGGGGCCAGAGCUGCACCAGAACAGCAGGAUAUGAGUAACAGGAAGUGACAGGAAUUGCCCAGGGCGCCGGACCUUUUCUGGGCUACCUUCCUGAGCCAGGAGCUAUAUUUAGCAGAGCAUUUCCCAAUCCUGUUCUAUGCUGACACUGUUUGCCACCUCCCUAGUCAGUGACUGGAUGGCACGGUACUAAUAUGUCUACUCUGUGUCCCUGGUCUACCUGUGUGACCCACAGGUUGCUCUUCACCAUUGUAAAACUUCUUCCUGCUUGUGCCGGUUCUCUUGGAUGCUGAAGCACUUGAGGCAGCUGGAAAGUGGAGAACAGCGGGUCAGAGACAGAGCCCAUGGGAGACUGUUAGGGUCUUGGGUAAGAGGUCAUCACUCCUUGUAGGAAGCUCAUCUUGUGUGCUGACAACAGGAAAGAAAUGGAAGAUUGGAUUGCAGCACUCAAGACUGUCCAGAACAAAGAGCAUUUUGAGCCUACCCAGUACAGCAUGGACCAUUUCUCAGGGACGCAUAACUGGUACGCUUGUUCCCACGCACGGCCAACCUACUGCAACGUGUGUCGGGAAGUUUUGUCUGGGGUCACAUCCCAUGGGCUAUCCUGUGAAGUGUGUAAGUUUAAGGCUCACAAGCGGUGUGCUGUGCGUGCAACCAGUAACUGCAAGUGGACCACACUGGCCUCGAUUGGAAAGGAUAUCAUUGAGGACGAGGAUGGGAUCGCCAUGCCUCACCAGUGGCUGGAAGGAAACCUGCCUGUGAGUGCCAAGUGUAUUGUGUGUGACAAGACUUGUGGCAGCGUAUUGCGCCUGCAGGACUGGCGCUGCCUCUGGUGCAAGGCCAUGGUUCACACAUCUUGUAAAGAGUCCUUGGUGAUGAAGUGUCCACUUGGCCUAUGCAAGGUGUCUGUCAUCCCUCCCACAGCACUCAACAGUAUUGACUCCGAUGGGUUCUGGAAGGCCACCUGUCCCCCAUCUUGCACAAGCCCCCUGCUGGUCUUUGUCAAUUCAAAAAGUGGAGACAAUCAAGGUGUGAAGUUUCUCAGAAGAUUCAAGCAGCUGCUGAACCCUGCCCAGGUUUUUGACCUCAUGAAUGGAGGACCACACCUUGGCUUACGAUUAUUUCAGAAGUUUGACACCUUCCGGAUUCUGGUUUGUGGCGGGGAUGGCAGUGUUGGCUGGGUCCUCUCUGAAAUUGACAGCCUCAACCUUCACAAACAGUGUCAGCUAGGUGUGCUGCCCCUGGGGACAGGGAAUGACCUGGCCCGCGUUCUCGGCUGGGGCUCUGCCUGUGAUGACGAUACACAGCUCCCUCAGAUCUUGGCAAAGCUGGAGAGGGCCAGCACUAAGAUGCUGGACAGGUGGAGUGUCAUGGCAUAUGAGACCAAGCUCCCUCGGCAAGCCUCCUCCUCCACGGUCACUGAGGACUGCAGUGAGGACUCAGAGGUGCAGCAAAUUCUCUUCUAUGAAGACUCAGUUGCAGCCCAUCUUUCUAAAAUCUUGACUUCGGACCAACAUUCUGUGGUGAUCUCAUCAGCCAAAGUGCUCUGUGAGACAGUGAAGGACUUUGUGGCUCGAGUGGGCAAGGCUUAUGAGAAGACGACAGAGAGCUCACAGGAGUCAGAAGUCAUGGCCAAGAAGUGCUCUGUCUUGAAAGAGAAACUGGACUCUCUCCUUAAGACCUUGGAUGAUGAAUCUCAGGCUUCAUCCUCUUUGUCCAACCCACCUCCUACCAUUGCUGAGGAGGCUGAGGACGGGGAUGGAUCAGGCAACAUCUGUAGUUCCACUGGGGACCAUUUGGUGGGCUCAGCGUGUCCCUCCAGGCCACAGAUCUUCCGACCCCGGGAGCAGCUAAUGCUGAGAGCCAACAGCCUGAAGAAAGCAAUUCGCCAGAUUAUAGAGCACACAGAAAAAGCGGUGGAUGAGCAGAAUGCCCAGACCCAGGAGCAGCAGGGUUUUGUCCUUGGCCUAUCUGAAUCUGAGAAGAAGGACUUGAAAACUGACAAUAGGGUGUGCACAUCAUCUGCCCAUAGUGAGAGCUGUGUGGUAGCCAAGGGGAGGAGUCACCGCAAAGCAUCCAGGACCCCUUGUGAAAAGCUGAUGAGCAAAGGUCUGUCACUUGGCAGCUCUGCUUCACUCCCUCCCAAUACAGGAAGCCGGGACAGCCUGCCUGCUCUGAACACCAAGAUCCUAUAUCCAAGUGUUCGGGCAGGGAUGUCUGGUUCCUUGCCAGGGGGCUCAGUCAUCAGCCGCUUGUUAAUUAAUGCUGAUCCCUUUAAUGCUGAACCUGAAAACCUAGAGUACUACACAGAGAAGUGUGUCAUGAACAACUAUUUUGGCAUUGGCUUGGACGCAAAGAUAUCUCUAGACUUUAACAACAAGCGUGAUGAACACCCAGAGAAAUGCAGGAGUCGGACUAAGAACAUGAUGUGGUACGGUGUCCUUGGGACCAAAGAACUGCUUCACAGAACCUACAGGAACCUGGAACAAAAGGUCCUGCUGGAGUGUGAUGGGCGCCCGAUUCCCCUCCCAAGUCUUCAGGGAAUUGCUGUCCUCAACAUUCCCAGCUAUGCUGGAGGGACCAACUUCUGGGGGGGCACCAAGGAAGAUGAUACUUUUGCAGCUCCAUCAUUCGAUGAUAAGAUUCUGGAGGUGGUCGCUGUGUUCGGCAGCAUGCAGAUGGCUGUGUCUCGUGUAAUUAAGCUACAACAUCAUCGAAUUGCCCAGUGUCGCACAGUGAAGAUCUCCAUCCUGGGGGAUGAGGGCGUGCCUGUGCAGGUGGAUGGGGAAGCCUGGAUCCAGCCACCUGGGUACAUUCGGAUUGUGCACAAGAACAGGGCACAGACUCUGACCAGAGACAGGGCCUUUGAGAACACCCUCAAGUCUUGGGAAGACAAACAGAAGUGUGAGCUGCCCCGCCCACCAUCCUUUUCCCUGCACCCUGAGAUCCUGUCUGAGGAGGAAGCGACCCAGAUGGAUCAGUUUGGGCAGGCAGCGGGGAGCCUCAUUCACAGCAUUCGGGAAAUAGCGCAGUCCCACAGAGACAUGGAACAGGAACUCGCACAUGCUGUCAACGCCAGCUCCAAAGCCAUGGAGCGAGUGUACGGCAAGCCCAGAGCUGCAGAGGGGUUGAACUGCAGCUUUGUUCUGGAGAUGGUGAAUAACAUCAGAGCACUGCGCAGUGAGACAGAGCUGCUGCUGGCUGGGAAGAUGGCCCUGCAGUUGGAUCCCCCUCAGAAGGAACGGCUUGGGGCUGCCCUAGUUGAGAUGGACCAGCAGCUCAGGAAGCUGACAGACACUCCCUGGCUUUGCCAGCCCAUGGAGCCUGGUGAGGAAGAGUCUCUCCAACAGAAUGUGAUGCUGGAUCUUACUAAACGCAGCCGCAGUGGUAAAUUCCGCCUUGUGACCAAGUUUAAAAAGGAGAAAAACAAUAAGAACAAAGAAGUUCACAGUUACCUAGGAGCCCCUGUUCACCUCUGGGGGACAGAGGAGGUUGCUGCCUGGCUGGAGCACCUCAGUCUCUGUGAGUAUAAGGACAUCUUCACGCGGCACGACAUCCGGGGCUCCGAGCUCCUGCACCUGGAGCGGAGGGACCUCAAGGACCUUGGUGUGACCAAAGUGGGCCAUAUGAAGAGGAUCCUCUGUGGGAUCAAGGAACUGAGCCGGAGCUCCCCUGCCGCCGAGGCCUAGCCUCUGCAUUCUCUGCCUGCAUCCUCCGCUCCUCCCGAGACUGAGGCCCAGGGAGGAAGGACACUGCCAGCACUCAGCCCCUGGCCUUUCUCAUGGUGCUAUUCCUUUUGUUAGUGACAGGAAGUCUGACGCCCGUUGGUAACAGCUUUGGAGUCUUGAACAUACCAACACAGCUACCUUUGAGAAUACUUUUCCUAGCUGCAGUCAUUUGGGGCAGACUGUGUCAGGUCCACUUGUGGCUCUUGCUAACCUGCCUGUGGGCCACAGAGAAUGUGGUGAAUGAAGCCUGACCACCCCAGCACAUGGCAUUCCUGCAGAACCUUCUUACCUGUGGCACAUGCUUGGAGUGUGCUGUGCACUCUCCUUUUCUGUGUCCUUUACUGGGUAGUAACAUCUUCUGCCUCUAUUGGCUCUCAGAAGCAGAGUUGGGUCUGGCCUCAGUGGCCCUCACCAGAAUGUUCUCUGUGCCUGCUACUCACUCUGUGGUUCUUUUACAGCAGCCUUGCAAAGGCCGCCCACUGCUGUUGCCCCUUUGUUCACAAGGUUUCAUUGUUUUAAAAAACAAGCUUAUUUACUUUCCUGGUUUGAAAGUGGCAUGGAUCUAUCUCCAGGCUUCUUAUAGUCUGUGAGGAAGAAGGAAAACCCUCCUGCUUAGGCCAGGCCUCAGGACACUUGGUUCUCCCCUCUCUUGUCCUUUGGGCUAUGAGCAUACGGACAGUCCAUGUGUCUCCUCAGGAUGCUACAGGUGUCUGCAGUCCGGUCUGGGCAGACAAGGAUGUGGGUUUACACUAGUUCAGCAUCCCUGUGGAGCCCAGGCUUCCCGGGUGCUGGGAAGGACAUAUGCCAUGGGAGAAUGAAUAGUCAGUAGGGGCAGUCUGGGCCAUCUCAGGUGGCUUCUCAUUUGCUGUGAGAUUGUCCCAGGAAGUGUCUGUGAGGUCUCUGAACUGGCUCUGAGACAGCAGGUGGUACUGUUGGGGGCAGAAGCUCUCCAAAGCUCAGACUACAUCCUGUGGGCAGUUCCCAGGUGGGGAUGUUCCCCUGGCCUUCACCACCACUGACUUACCCCUUUCUCCACUUUCAGAGACAGCAGUCCUCCACAGGGACUUGUAGAACAGCUAGAAAGGGCUGUAGUUCAGCCCUGGCUGUGGUCCUCAGCAGAGAUGACAGUUCUGUGAACUCUGCCAGUGCUUCCCCAUCUGACAUGGAAAAGUGCUGGACUUGGGUAGGGUCUCCAUCUGGGAGGCAAGGUUGCUCUGCUGUUUGUGCUGCAGACUAGACUCCUUGCUCAUCUUCCCUUUACUGGUGGCAGAUCUGAGAGCCCUGGUCAGCAGAGUGGAGUAUGGAGACGGCCUACAUUGUUGUUCCUGCUGCAUUCUGCCCCAGACCUAGAGUUCCAUCCAUUGUAGAUCAGAUGUGGGCUGGGACAUUGCUGCCUCCAUGAAAGCAACCCUGGAUGGAAAUAGUUGUCACUUUUCCACCUGGGGCUGUUUCCCACCGAGCAGUCAAUGUAGACUAGAAUGUGGAAGCAGGGAGAACCUUGGAUAAUUCACAGAGCCUGUGCCAGCCAGACCACCUGAAACCUAGGGGUCAUGAGGAGAAACAACUGAGGCCAGUGGCCUUGAGAAAGCUUCAUGUUUGGAUGACAGCAUUAGAAUUCACUGUUGUCAACAAAAAGUGAGAGGUCCAGGCUGAGUGUUGGAGGGACCUGCCAGGUGGCCAUGGCUCUUCACAGAUGUAUUCUGGGUAUUCUGGCCAUCACUACCUGACCCCAACCCCACGGCAGUUCUUUAGAGCUGUGGAGAGGGAGGGAGAAUAUGAAGGAUCCCAAAGGAUUGGAGUGAAGGUUUUGUGCCUGCAGGUGGGGCUAACCUAACCCUUAUAUUUAUAAUCUUAAUUUAUAGUGAUCAUCUGGAGCAGAUGCCUCUUGUAUUGUUAUGUACAUAGUCUGCAUCAGAGAGUUGUAAAUAAGUUCUUCUGUGUAUAAUAAAACAAGCCUGUUUCUGAUCUUCCA